CUGAGCGAUUGCAUGUGUGAGUCUUCCGGGGCGCCCGCGACACCCCCGCCCCACCACCCCUGCCCCACACCCUCCCUAGCCACUCAGCCCGUUUUGAAGCUGCGGAAGCACGCUCUGGUAGUCUCCUAGAGGCAGCUGGUCUGGCGCAUUGCCCCUCCGCGGACCACAACUCACACCAACAUGCCAGGCGCAGCAAGUGUGGCUGCCAGCAGAGCUGGGGUAUGCACCAGGGGGUGCCGCCCCGUACCAGCGCGGCAAGCGCUGGUGCUGCAGCGCGCGGCGGCGCCAUGCAGCACUGCCCGCCGCAGCCUGCAGCCGUGCCGCGCAGCAGCCAGCGAGGCAGAGGCGAGCCCGGCGCCAGAGGCGGCGCCAGCGGUGCAGGCCCCUGAGGACGCCCAGCCCGGCGAGCAGCCCCAGGCGCGCAAGCCCAAGCUGAUGACGGAUGCGUGGAGUGAGGUGUUGCAGAUGAGGAAGGACCACACCACCAUCGAGACGGUGGUGAAGAGCGCAAACAAGUCGGGCCUGCUGGUUCCGGUGGGCAAGCUCACUGGCUUCCUGCCCUACAAGCUCCUGGACCCGUCCCGCCUGCAGCAGCGCCGCCCCGACGGCAGCCGCAUCCCGCCGCCGCCCAACGGCCACCAGAGCCUGGUGGGCGCGCCGGUCAGGGUGAAGGUGACGCAGGUGAUUGUCCCCGAGAAGCGGCUGAUUGUGAGUGAGAAGGCGGUGCUGCUGGAUGAGCUGGCGGCCAUGGUGCAGCCGGGGGACAUCAUCGACGGCGUGGUGGGGUCCAACAUGGACUGGGGAGCCUUUGUGGAGUGCCACACGGUCAACGGCGAGCCGUGCCCGCGCGCCGAGGCGGUGCUGCCCAUGCGCGAGCUCUCCUACUCCUGGCUCAACUCCGCCAGCGAGGUGGUGCACCCGUCGCAGCCCGUCCAGGUGGUGGUGCUGUACCGCGAGACGGCGCCAGAGGCCAAGGUGGUGGUGAGCCUGAAGCGGCUGGAGGAGGACCCGCUCAAGGAGACGCUGGACAAUGUGCUGCCGCUGGGCAAGCAGGCUGGAAGCUACGAGCAGCUGUCUGUGCCUGCGGCGGUGCCCCAGGGCGUGGACGAGAUCCUGGAGGCUCUGGACCGAGAGGAGGGCAUCGCAUCCAUCACGCUGGGGCGCUGCGUGGAGGAGAAGCGCACCGUCAGCCAGGACCUGGAGCUGUGGAUCACCAAGGAGACAGUGGCUGACGGGUACAACCUGGCGGUACGGGCGGGACGGGUGGUGCAGGAGGUGAUAGUCAGCACGCAGAUGAGCCCAGAGGAGAUGCGGGCCACCGUGCAGCGCGUGCUGCGCUCCAUCAACUGA